GAUUCAAAUCCUUGCGCGACGACUUGAAACGCAUGGCGAAUAUCGACAUAUUCGAGCAAAUUCUCGUCAACAACAGCAGUGAAGCAGCUGCGCAUCUCGCGCCACAAAACAACGUCGAAACGCGCGAAGAUGAGAACAACAAUCACUUUGACUUAGAAAAUAACGAAAUAAAUAUGAAUUGCGAAGAAAUGUCCUCCCCUCCGCCAUCGCACGACGAACAAAAAGUAAUCGAAAUUCUCGAUACGCCGCAAAACGAAACGAACCAAUUCCUCGAGGACGACGACAAAACCUUGAACGAGCUACUUGAACAAGUUGCUGAAUUAGACGAAAUUUACACGGAUCACCAGAUCCAGCGCGACGAUCAACCAAAAUCCUUCAUGGAUCCCGAUUUUCGGCCCGUUUCUCUCAAUAAUCGCGUGCCAUCCGAAAAAAUGGAUGUCGAUUUCGAUGAUGCAGCAACUUAUUCAAGUCUCCAAAAGGCAUUUAAAAAUCCGAUUGACAUCACAUUGGCACCGCCCGUACCCCAGAGACCAUUGCACGGACAAUUAAUACCUGAGCAGGAGGCGGUUCAUCACACAUAUGAUGCGGUAGAGCCCGCCCCGAUGACUGUUGAUGCCCGAAAUGCGCCAAAAAUUGACGUUCAACCGAUGCUGAAGCGAGAAAAUCACGAAGAAGAGAAAUUGCCGCCUUUACCACCGAAGCGCGCUCGAAAAUUGACCGAAACUGACGGAAAAUCCGACAAAGAAAAUGAAAAUUUUCCUCCAAUCACGCCGUCUCAGAGUCAAAUCUUGAUCAAAAAUGCAGAUGCUCCAAAUAAAAAGUUGCCUCCGACACCCACGAAGAACGGCGGGGGUUCCGCUACGCUGCCACGUCAAAAGAAACCCGGAUUUUUCUCGAAAUUAUUUUCGCGGAAGAAGAGUAAGUCCGAUGUGAAUACCCAAACUCCAAGUACGACAGCGAAAACGACUCCGGCAGCAUCUCGUGAGCCAAGCGUGGCGGCUUUUGAGUUAAACGAUCCGAAUCGCGGGUCAUUCCGCUCCCUGAAAAAUCCCGUGAUCGAAGAUUUGAAGGAAGGCAAGCCCAAAACGAAAGUCGGAAAGCCCGUGGGACGCAGUGUUUCGAGCGUUUCGGGCAAAAGACCGCAUCUCGGCCCCGAAAUUAUCCAUAUUCCGUUGAAGGGCGACAGUACAAACUCGUUGCCGCACAGCAAUCCGAACCUGAAUGCGCCCAUGCGACACGGAACGCCGCAACAUUCGGGCUAUGGGAGUGCCAGCACGAUUUCUUUGCAUGCCCUCGACAAAGAUCGCAAGACAAUGAGUGCGUUGCAGCUGGCGGAUUUGCCGCUGAAAGACGGAAAUAUGGAACUUGUUGCGAUUGCCGAUGCUCAGAGUAUUAAGAAUUUGUGCGAAGGUGAUUUUGGGGUGCAACUCGAUCCGGAUGUCAAUUUGAGUGAAGCGGAGCACUAUGCGCUCUACACGUCAAUUCCUCCCUUUGCCACAAUGUCCGAAAUCGAUGAGAAUUCAAUGUAUUACGCGCCCGUCGAGGGUGGCGAAAUUUUGACGCCAUCCGAAGUGGCGAAGAGAUUAACGACACUCAAUAAGUCUUAAAUUUUUUUUCUAAUUUUUUUUAUUAA